UACUGGGCGGCGUCCACCUCUGCCAAUGAUGGCGAGAUGAAGCUGGCAAAGUGGCAGUCGCUUACCCGCCAUAUCCGGAACAUCCACACACACCCUAGUGAGAAGUAUCCGGAGUGCAGACAUGGCCCUUUAGAGGAUAACCAAAGAAAUUGGAUGGAAGAAGGAUCCCGCCCAUACAAGCUCCUAUGUAGUGUCGUCACCAGCCCAUUCCUAAUGAAGGACAUCGAGAAGUUGUCUCCAUUCCAUCAGACAUAUGGUCUCGAGGUGUACCACAAUAUUGUCAACCAUUUUGCACCAAAGAGUACACACUUCUUCUUCCAAUCCAUGCUGGCCAGAUUGUACUUAGCUGGACUACAUUACAAUGAGAACAGCAGGAAGCCACGUGACACGACAUCAGAUGGCAGAGUUCGUUGGCAGCUUUGCUAUCCAAAAGCAAAGAAAGGUCUGGAGGCUGUAGUGAAGCCGAUUAGCACUGGUCCGUCAUUUGGAUACGUGGACUUGCUGAUCCAUAACCUCGUCCAGCGAAGAAAAGAUCUACCAUCCUACCAGGUUGCUUCAGAGGCUCUCAGUAGCUACCUGUCGGUACCUGCCCCUACUACGUCAGGAUUCGUACCUGUGGACAAAGCUUGUCUUAUAGAGAGACAUAAAUCACGAUUUUCGAAGACAACAAACUCCAAUGAUGUAUGAAUCUACGGAAACUUGGGGUAUUGAAAUCCGCAGUACUCCUGGCUGGGGAAGGCUUCCCGAAUCUUCUUUACGGCACACAAUGGUAUUGGCUUUCGGUUUCCUCUGCCUAGCUUGUGCCAUAUCCAUCGUGUAAAUCUCCUGUAUGCGAUAAACCUGUACAACCUGGAUGAGAAAAGACACAAAUAUCUUACAUGUUUGCAGAUAUAAAGCUAAAAUUGUUUAUUUAUAGAUCUAUGUAUAUGUGGGGUGGAGAAGGGGUUGGUGC